AUGGGCAUCGACAGGUACCACUACGCCGUGUACGCCAAGCGGAACCUGGCGAUGGACACGCCGGUCGUCACGGCGAUCCCAAAGGCGGCGUGCCUCAGCGCGCGCACGUGCUCCGUCGCGGAGACACUCAGGGAGGCGAGGCUGGGCGGCGGCUUGGCGCUGAACAUCGCCAUCAUGCACGAGAGGUCUCUCGGGGAAGGGUCCAGGUGGGCGGGAUACUUCGCGGUGCUUCCCGCGCGCGGCGAGCGCACGCUGCCCAUGUUCUGGACCUCCGCCCAGCUGGAACACCUGCGAGGCACCGACCUCCUGAGGCACGUCACCGAGGACGCCGAGUCGAUGCGUCUGGAUUUCAACGAAAACGUCGUCGACGGGCUCUGCGUCACGCACCCGGUCGCCUUCCCGCCGGGUAAACACACGCUCGAGGCGUACAUGGAGGCGGCGAGCUUGGCCGCGUCCAGGGCGUUUUACAUAGGCGAGGAGUGCGGCGAGGCGUUGGUGCCGUGGGCGGACAUGUUCAACCACAAGACGGACGGGGAACACGUCCACGUCCUCGGCGCAGACGACGACGACGAGGACGAUGAGGAAGAAGAUGAAUCCGAAGAGGAGGAAUCCGAAGAGGAGGAAUCCGAAGAGGAGGAAUCCGAAGAGGAGAACGAGGAGAAUGAGGAGAACGAGGAGGAGGACGCGGGUCCCAUCGAGCCGCCGACGGGGUCGCUCGUCAUCCACGCGUGCGCGUGCGCCGAAAAAGGCGACGAGCUCUUCAACACCUUCGGCCAACAGAACAACGCCUCGCUGCUUCACAAAUACGGCUUCUGCGAGCACCACAACGCGUACACCAACGUGUGUGUCGACGUCGCGCUCGUCGAGGACGUGGUGGGGGGAACGAAGGUUCGCGACGCGGCGGCUGAGCUCGGCGUGGACGUCGCGGAUGACGCGUACUUUGAGAUUGAACCGGACGGGACGAUCGAGGAGGCGCUGUUGGCGGUGUUGGGCAGGGCGCACAGGGGCGAGGACGAGGAGGACGACCCGACGACGGAGUCACCGGACGUGCAGGCGUCGCUCCGAACCAUCUUGGAGCGACGCGCGGCGAUGUACGUCGGGAAAGGGAAAGGGAAAGGGGAGGAGAGCGGUGCGAUUCCAAGAGGGAGCGACGACGGGGCUCGGGUUGCUGCGGCUGGCGAUCGAGCGGAACUGCGGGGUGGGUAA